AUGAGCUGCUCCCCGAUCCCGAGCAUCACGUGUGACGCGCAGUCCGGCCAGAUGCCUCAGGCGCACAGCAAAAAGCAGAUGAAGCUUGUGAAAGACUUGGAUCCCUCCAUCGGACUGAGCGCCUGGAACUGCUCCCUGUGCCUGAAUGACCCAAAUGCGGCCACCAUCUAUGGUGUUGAGCGCUGGGAUGGCUUGGGUCAGAGGGCUGCUAGCCUCAUCAAUUUCAUGGCCUUGGCGGCGCAUCUGAACCUAAACUUCGGUGGCCUCCUGCCGAACCCAUCAGAAAGGGAGCAUGGAGUGUACAUCCCCAAGUGCAUGACCGAGCUACUGGGUACCAACUACAAGGGCAUCCGACGCCUGGCUCCGGAACCCCACUUCGACGUUUGCCUCUUCGGGCCCGAGGCCAUCCAGGAGGCCAUCAGUCAGAGUGGCCGGCCCUUUGGGCCGCACCAGAGCAUCCUGAUUGAGGAGUGCGGCAAUGGCCGGGAGUUCGUCGACUACCUGACCCCGGAGUUUCAACAGCGCCUCAGGCAAGCCACGCUCCUCCAGCGCUCGAAGGCCGUCCACUUUGCCGGCAAGGCCAUCCACGUCGCCGUGCAUGUGCGCCGCGGUGAUCUGAACAACCAUGAGCACUGGGCGCACCGGAACGUGGCGGAUGAGAUUUACAUGGGCCUGGUGGAGGCGGUGAAGGAUGCGCUGGCGGAGCUGCAUCGUUCGGCAGAGGUCCACGUCUUCAGCUCCACCGAAGGUGGCGCCUACUCCUCCAAAGACUUCGAUGGGUACCGCUCCCAAGAGAUGCGGGUGCACCUGAAUGGCGAGGAACUCAACGAUUGGACCCACAUGGCCCAUGCUGACAUCCUCAUCCAGGCCCCGAGCGCCUUCUCGUGGGUGCCCGGGGUCUUGAAUUCCAAGUGCGUGCUGGCCUUCGAUUCGUAUCCAAAGCCACUGGCGGACUGGAUUGUACAUAGCCAGGGCCAUCUAGACUCCGCCAACAAGCAGCGCCUGCGGGCCUGCAUCGCUAAAAAAGUGUUCCCUCCCGGUGAAGUUUAA